CAGCGUUAUCGACAUUGUCGUGGAUUUUUGUUUGUGCUCUUAUCAGUAAUUCUUCUCAGACACUUCAAAGUUUUGUGUACCCCGACUAUGUACAAGAGUGUGACUAGAAUGGAAACCGUGCUUAAGAAUAUUUUUCUCAAGAGUGUAGAAUCAGUUAAGAUUAGAAAUUUAUUUGAACGCCAAAAAUGCAUGAGAAUGUGCCGUGAAGAAGACCGAUUGUUUGUGGAAAUCUCGCCGGUGAUUGACAAAAGGCUUCCCCUUCGGGUUGAUAUCACCGAUAAGCAAUGCCAUGUUGUAGGCUUCGGUAAAGCAGUCUUUGGGAUGGCAAUAGAAGUGGAACGUAUUUUAGAUACUCACCUUAAAUCCGGUAUUCUUAGUGUACCUUGUGGAACAUUGGACAAAUUCAAAAAUACAGAUACGCAGCUUAAUUCCAACGGUCGGAUUGAAGUGUUUGAGGGAGCCAAGAACAAUCUUCCCGAUAGAGAUGCCCACAGCACGGCAAUUAAAAUUAAAGACUUUGUAUCGCGGCUUUCGAAUGAUGAUGUGCUGUUUGUGUUGAUUUCUGGUGGAGGUAGUGCUCUGCUUCCUCUUCCUGAUCCCUCAGUGACGCUUGAAGAGAAAAUGCUAGUGGUGAAGAUGUUAGCAAGGAGUGGUGCUACUAUUAAUGAACUUAACACCGUUAGAAUUGCAAUAUCAAGUAUUAAGGGUGGAAAAUUAUCUGUUGCUGCUAAAAAUGCUCAUAAGAUCGUGUCUUUGGUGAUUUCGGACAUUGUUGGGGAUCCGAUUGAUCUUAUUGCCAGUGGACCAACUUACAUUUCCGGAAUGAAUUAUCAAAAGUCUGCAAAUGACAUUAUCGAUAAGUAUGGGCUAAGGGGACAGCUUCCGAAAGCAGUUGAGGAUCUGUUAGCGAAAUUAAUUGCAAAGGAAGAAAUGAAGAUCACUAAUAAUCAUCUUGCGAUCAUUGCAAAUAAUUCAAUAGCUGUGAACACAGCUCUGCAAGAAGCUGAAAAGUUAGGAUAUCACGCGGUCUGUUUGUCAAAAGUCAUUGAGUGCGAUGUAGAGAGGCUAAGUGAGGUUUAUCUUAAACUGAUCUUUGUCUUAAAGGACUAUAUGACAUUCGGAAAUGAGAAAGAUUUGCAGACUAAAUUGAAGGCGAUUUUAGAAGAUUUGAAGUAUGAAGUUGGAUUUAUUGAUCAGAUUCUAGAGGUUCUGAAAGCAAGGACCAAGUCUGGGAUCUGCAUUGUUGCUGGAGGUGAGACAACCGUUGAAGUUAAAGGUUCAGGGAUAGGUGGCCGAAAUCAGGAACUUACUCUUCGCGUCCUUAAGAAAGUUUUGGAUCAGGAUCAAUCUUACGAUUUCGGAGACGUAGGCUUCCUUUCAGCUGGAACGGACGGGAUUGAUGGACCAACUCCAGCAGCAGGGGCUGUGGGGACUCUUUCAACGUUUCGACAAUACUCAGACUCUUCCUUGCAAGCUUACCUCUCAUCAAAUGAUUCCUACACCUUUUGGAAUAAAACCUGCCCCAGAGGCCAUAUUGUUAUAGGACAUACAGGCACAAAUGUAAUGGACCUGCAUGUACUCCUCUUGCCAUUCUCAUAGCGCGCAGUGCGAUGGCGAUAGCAUCUCGAUGUCGGAGGAAUGUGAGGCAUUAACAUUCAUUAAUGAUGAUGAUACCAGAGUGAAAUUAAUUCAAUUCCUGUUUAUGGGUGUCAAUUUACAAUAAAUGCCUACAAUGA